ACCAAUCUCCCGGUAUUUAAGGUGAAGGAGUCCAGUGUGCGCCGCAGGUACAGCGACUUUGAGUGGUUAAGGAAUGAGCUGGAGAGGGACAGUAAGAUUGUUGUUCCACCACUGCCUGGAAAAGCACUAAAGCGACAGUUACCAUUCCGAGGAGAUGACGGUAUCUAUGAAGAAGAGUUCAUCGAGGAUCGACGCAAAGGUCUGGAAGUUUUCAUAAAUAAGAUUGCAGGACACCCUCUUGCGCAGAAUGAAAAGUGCCUACACAUGUUUAUUCAAGAGCCAGUUAUUGACAAAAACUACGUGCCUGGCAAAAUUCGCAACACGUGAGCCAGCCUUAUGUCCUACCCUGUUCCAAUGGUCCAUAUGGGUAUUUUGUGUAGCCACCUGAUGCUCUUACAAUUCUAUUUCAGAUCUGCUGUACAUGAAAAUGAAAUCUAAGUUAUAUGUUUUGCCAAAAGGGACAUCAUGUAGUUCUACUAUAUGAUGUUCCUUUUGUUUCUACCAUCCUGCUGUGUCAUGAUCAUCAUGCAUUAAGCAAUUCUUUUGAGAGAUUCUUCUCUUGCCAUGCAGGUAGUUAUAUAGUGGGCUUGAGUCAACUUUUAAUUCCCAAAUGACACGUUAUUGUAGAUAUGCUUUAAUUUCCACAGCUCUACAUGCAUCACCGUAGGGGCAAUGUAAGGACAUUGUUAUAGUAUAUUGAAUGUAAAGUUGACUUUUGUUUUAAGUGCAGUAAAUGUAUGUAAAGUUGAUUAAGUAUAUUUUGUUUUUGUUCAGUCAAGUUCUUAAUUUCUUAAGUUUUAGUCUUAGUUGUAUUUGUCUGGAUUUGAGUCAAAAUAUGUGAGUAUCAAUGGCAGUGUUAUUUCACAUAAUAGAUACAAUACAACUUUAAAACAUGGCAGGAUGAGUGAAUUUUACUGAAAACUCAAACCAGUUUGUUAAUUUGUUUGAAUUUGUUGAUAGUUGUUGGUGGAUAAGAGCAUCUAUCUUUGAAAAUUAUUCCUAUUAAUAAAAGUCAUGAAGGUGAGAGGAAAUUGGACAUAGUUUUGUAACAUAACAGAAUUUAGCUGACAUCUUUAUCUGCAUUUAAUAUGCACAUUAUAUUUGUGACUUGAAAUUAUCACUUAAGGCUCAUGGCAAAUCUCUUCUUCUUUAUUGACAUGUCAGGGUAUACAAGUUGCAUGUUUCUUGAGUCAUAUCUUGUGAAAGUUUAGAUUGUCAUAUCUUGUGAAAGUUUAGAUUAAGAUACUGACCAUAAUUUUUACUCACUAGUUAUCUGUUACUGAAACUUAAUUCAAAUUUGCUUUCAUGUGGAACAUUAUCUUUUAUUUGCUCUGUCAUGGUUGUCUCUUUGCAGCACAUCCAGGAUAUGAGAAUUGAACAAAAUGUGAUAAAUCAGUAAUCUUUACCAAUAAAUAUCAUUAUGUAUGUAAUAA